AAAGAAGAAAACAAGGACCUGUCUAGACACGUGUAUCUAGAAUGGCGCCUCUAUCACGCCAUCUCGCCCGCUGGUUCUGUACUCUGAGCGCAGCUUCUCGUACCGCCAGUAUGUGCCGCUGACGCUACUCUUCGCAUUGUGAGCCUCGACGUCGCCGCUGUGACAGGUUUGGGAGUGAUCGGAGUGUGCACAUGUCGUCGGGGGCAAUAUGAAUCGUGCUUCGUUCAGUUAACAGACAGCAGCUUGUGAAUACCUCUCAGAAUGCGCCGCCAUCCGGCCAGAGGUACAGCGCCAUACGCUGGCAAAAAAUGCAAGCCGCCCUUAUGGUGGGAAACACUCAAGGGCCUUACCCGUCUACCAGAUGAUCUCUUGCUCGACACACUGUUGGACCCCAGAAGCGGUUUCAAGAGCUUCCUCUCCACUUGCAAUCGCGACACCGAAGCCAUCCGUACCGCCGUCAUACUCCUGGAGAAAGCUUCUUCAACACCUUUCCCUUCACAGAAACUGCUGGAGCUCCUCAGCGCCGUUGCAUUUUCUGAGUCAUUCAUGCUUUUACAGCUACCCUCGCUGUUGUUAGACUGCAAGGCUAAAGCGGGGCGAGAUAACGUAGAUGUUCUUCAUAAGUCCAUCUCGCUGCUGACUCGUCUCCAAACCUCACUUCCGGCGACGACAGCGCAACAUCUGGUAACACUUUUGCCACUAGUAACGGACCUCGUGAGAUCCGUGGAAGGAGCGUUGCCGAGGGAGCUCGGAGCUACACUUUCCGACUUGGAAGCUAUGAAAGAUUCCUUCUUGGCUGAAACACACGCAAGGGAGAUGGUAAAGCAGGAGCGAUUGCACGCAUCGUCGCCACCGGACAACUUCAGGGAUGUUCCCGUGAUACCGCUGGUGUGUGAAUUGGUGGCCUCCACGAAGCCAUUCUUGAGGCCGAACAUCGUCCGUGGAGCCUACGCUGACAUCGACCAUUACUUAGAUGUCCAGUACAGACUUUUGCGAGAGGACUUCGUGAGGCCUUUGCGUGAGGGGCUCCAGAAGCUCCUUCAAGCCGGCAUGAAGAUCAGGCGCACGGAUGGCAUUAAUGUUUACCGCAACGUCCAAGUAGGGCAGUCCGAGAUUACAAGGGGUGGCAUUGUGCACGAACUCCUGUUCAAAGCCUCUGUUUUUCGAAGGGUCAACUGGGAAAGGACAAAACGGUUCAUGAACGACAACUUGAUUUGCUUGUCGAACGACAACUUCCAGACUAUCUUCUUCGCCACAGUGAAGGGGAGAGAUCCGAACGAGUUAAAAGUAGGAAGGCUCACUGUCUUGUUUGAGGACCUUUUCGUUCAGGCUAUUACCUGGAACAGGUACACCAUGGUGGAAACGCAAAUUUAUUUUGAAGCGUACAAGCACAACCUUUUAGCGCUGCAGGCUAUUCGUGCAGGUUCAUUGCCCUUCUACCAGUACAUCGUAAAAUCAACUCCCGAAGUAAAUAGCCCAGCGUACAUGGAUGGGAAUACGACGUACGACAUAAGUCCCCUGUGUAAGAAAUCAUUCCAACCCAGGCCUGUAACCAUUUUGGACGAGAAUCAAUGGCCACCUCUCGAAGACAUUCAGCUUGAUGCAUCUCAGCUGGCUGCUGUGAAGAUGGCUCUACUAAAGGAAUUUUCUGUAAUUCAGGGCCCACCAGGCACUGGGAAAACGUACAUAGGCCUGAAAAUUGUGGAGGUGCUUCUAGGGAACAUCAGCAUAUGGCGUAGAAACAGCCUUCCCAUUCUCGUUGUCUGCUACACUAACCAUGCUUUAGAUCAGUUUCUGGAAGGAAUCCUGAGAACAACAGACGACAUUGUACGCAUUGGUGGUAGAUGCAGCAGCGAAUCCUUGGUGCCAUUUACACUGUUUAAUAAACGAAUGGAAACGGUAAGGUUUGGCAAUGACGUUCGAGAGCAAUAUACAGAAUUGCAGAAGAAGCUCGGAGCAUUGUCAACAGCAAUGUCUGCAAUAUAUACCGUGAGGUGCAGUUACGUUAACCUGGAGAAACACAUGUCGCCUCGUGUACAGGACAGUUUUAGGAGCCGUCCUUACGCCAUUCGUGAAGGAUUUGGAACCUGGCUUGAGCUUGACGCCUUAAAAAGAGCGUUCACGGAUGAAUUCGUUCACCGGACACAGGAUGAGAAUCCGCAAGACCAACUCGGGGAGGAUGAGAUUGAAGAAGAGUUCGACGAAGAUCUUGAAACAGAUCGGUACGAUGAUGAUGAACUCUAUCGCAGAACCGGAUCUACUCGCGCAACGAGAGCGGCUGGAACAAACAGUGCAGAGAUAGACAAGGAGCAUGCAUGGUGCCUUCACUUAUACGGGCUAGUGUCUGCUGAUGAUAGGGCUCUUGACGACCAACAAGUAAUAGAUGUAUGGAGGCUGCCUGUCGAAGAACGUUGGAAGCUUUACCGGUACUGGGCAUCAGUCGCUAUAGAAGGUAUGCAGGGCGCUGUGGCUGAGGCCAGAGCUGGUGUGGCUGAAAUCAAAAGGAUGAUGGAGGACGAGCAACUGAAGGUCGAUCUUGGUGCUCUUCGUAAAGCUCUUGUUGUUGGAGCUACCACGACGGGGGCGGCAAAAAAUCGUGCUUUGAUUCAGCGGUUGCAGCCAACAAUAGUCGUCGUCGAAGAGGCGGCAGAAGUGUUGGAAGCGCACGUGGUCACAAGUUUGGCCGCGACUACGCAGCACCUGAUCCUGAUCGGUGACCACAAACAACUAAGACCCUCGAGCGCUGUGUAUGAGCUUGCAACACGGUAUAAGAUGGAGGUCUCACUGUUCGAGAGGAUGCUAACUAAUGGCAUGGCUUGUCAGCAGCUCGAGGUCCAGCACAGGAUGCGACCAGAAUUCACAAAGUUACUUGUUCCUCACUUUUACGAGAAACUAGAAAACUUCCCCAGUGUUGAAUGCUACGAGAACGUUAGAGGCAUGGACAACAAUAUAUUCUUCGUGAGUCACAAAAUCUUCGAGGCCGACGAGGCUGACACGAAGAGUCACACAAACGAUCACGAAGCCAGUUUUGUGGUCUGUCUAGCCGAGUACCUUCUGAACCAGGAAUAUGAUCCGGCUCAAAUUACGAUCCUCACACCAUACAGCGGCCAAAUGUUUCUCCUCAAGGACUUGGCCAAAAACAGGGCCUGUCGCGAUGUUCGCAUCACAGUGGUGGAUAAUUUCCAGGGCGAAGAAAACGACAUCAUCAUCCUGUCCCUUGUUCGUUCCAACCCAGAAAAGAAGGUCGGUUUCGUGAAGAUACCAAACCGCGUUUGUGUUUCCCUCUCCAGGGCCAGGAAAGGACUGUACUGCAUAGGAAACUUCGACAUCAUUGGUCAGUCUAGCGAGAUAUGGAAGAAUAUUAUGAAGGAGCUGCAAAAACUAAAUGCGAUCGGACCCGAGCUACAGCUGCGCUGCCCGAACCACCCGGAGACGGUUACCGCUGUAAAAACUAAAGACGACUUUGCGAAGGUUCCAGAAGGUGGUUGCGGCAUACCCUGUACGGUUCGCUUGAACUGCGGCCACUCGUGUGGCAUGCUCUGCCACGGAUACGACAGGUUCCACGAGGCGUUCAAGUGCAGAAAGAGCUGCGAGAGGAAGUGCCACAACGGGCACGGCUGCAAAUUGCUCUGUUCGGAAGACUGCGGGAAAUGCACUGUACCAGUCCUUACACAGUUCCAACCCUGCAGCCAUUCGUGCGAGAUCGCUUGCCACGAAACCCUUUCACCGCGCUGCCCAUUGCCGUGCGAGAAGGUAUUUGAAUGUGGCCAUAAAUGCCCCAGGGUAUGCAGCCAGCAGUGCGAAAGUCCCUGUCGGGCUCUCGUAACCGCAAAGGGCGAGUGUGGUCAUGACGUCCGCCUGGAGUGUCACUCAGCGAGGACGGGUCGCGUGAGUGACUGGUGCAAGGCACCGUGCGAAAAGACGCUUUCGUGCGAUCAUCGUUGCUUGCGAGAAUGCAGGCAAGAUUGUCUUUGCACUACGCUAGUGAUGGCCACAGGAGAAUGCGGACAUGAAUGUGAAGUUCCUUGCGCCGUGUCCAAAAGCCCUGAUCUCAUUACCAGACAGCACUGCGAUCAUCCUUGUGAAAAAACACUUAAAUGCGGGCAUCGCUGCCUCCUAAAAUGUAAACAACGUUGCACUAGUAAUUGUGAAGUUGUAGUAACUGUAGACUGCAAAGGUGGCCAUCGAGACGAAGUUCGGUGCUUCAUGUCAAAAAGCCAUCGUUGCAAGAAGGACUGUACCAAGACGUUAGACUGCGGCCACCUGUGUAGAAAAAUGUGUUUUGAGGAUUGUGGGAUAGUGUGCCACGAAAUCGUACAAAUUAAGCUUGCCUGCGAACACCUCGUUGAGGCCGAAUGCAGCGAGCAAAGCUGGGUCAUGAAACUCCCGUGCGCGACAACGGUUCCGGUAAAAUGUGGGUCGGACCAUGUUGUACAUGUCACCUGCGCCGAUGCCAAUAACGUCGCCGCUAUCCAGAUGCUCUGUGAGGCUGGUUGUUCCAAGCUACUACCCUGUGGUCACCAGUGCACACUUAAGUGCAAAGAGAUCUGCAGUGCCGCAUCUUGUAAGAUAAAGACAUUUGUAGACCUGCAAUGCGGUCAUAAAGCAUCCGUUCCUUGCCACGUGAAAUUCGCACGUGAAUCUUUGAAGGAGACACAAGAUGAACUCGAAGCAUUUUACGCGAAGCACAAAAAUGUGCUAACAUGCAACAAACAAGUACAGGCGACUUGCGCAGCAGGACAUAAGAUAAAGGUACCUUGCUGUUUAGUGGACGCUGGCAAAGUAGUACCCAGAUCCCGCUGUAACGCUCCUUGCAACGUCACUCUUCCUUGUGGUCAUCCCUGUGAUUCUAUUUGCUCGAAAUGUGCUGAGGUUAAGGGCCAUCCGCCAUGUACCAAGCGCUGCCAGAAGAUACUGCCAUGCGGGCAUCCCUGCACAGACACGUGCGCACAGCCCUGCACAAUCUGCAACGAGCGCUGCAAGUUGCUAUGCGUCCACAGACCGUGCAGCCUUCCUUGCGGAUAUCCUUGCAUCCCGUGCUGUCUGCCCUGUCGAUGGAAAUGCGAGCACGCCCAAUGCACCGUUACGUGCUCGGAGCCAUGCAACAGAGAGCCGUGCAGCGAGCCCUGUCCGAAGAAGCUUCCUUGUAAACAUCCUUGCUUAGGAUACUGCGGUGAACCGUGUCCGAACGUGUGCAAAGUCUGCAAACGAUUGAAGCACUUCAAGGAUGUCAAGGGUGAUGUUCGCUUCGUUCUUCUGCUUGACUGUGGCCAUUCUGUGCCAGAAAGCAUCCUCUCGAAGCUCUUCGAAGAAGCCAGGAGGGACCAAACUGGUCCAGUGCAGUGCCCGAUAUGCAAACGCAAGGUUACAUUCAGUUUCAGGUACGGUGCAUUCGUCCGGGAGUACAUGGAAACGAUCAACAAGGAGAAGAUGCUCGUAUACGACCGUGCCGCAAAGCCCGAUAUGAUCGGAAGACCUGAGAGGGAAGAAGUUGACGGUGCUGCAACUAGGUUACUUCAACUGCGAUUGAACGCCAAAGUGAACAAAAGAGGAGGCAUGGACAGAAGAUUUCCACAGACACCUGUAUUCGCGGCGGCUCCUUCAGGUCGCGGAUCUUGGCGGCAAAACCAAAGGGACAUGCCGUACAGCAAUGGAGUACCAAGAGGAAGCCAAGCGGAGUACAAUGGACAUAUCGACAACACGUCUGGACAACGAAGUUCUCGAGGAAGCGACCGUGGUCUGUGGAGAACGUGGAGGGGUGGUGGACAGCCUCCUAAUAUGUAUGGAUCGCGCUUUUCAGCGUUGGCCCCUCUUGCCAGUGGUGCUACGCCUGCGGUACCCAGGGUAGAAGAUGGACGGAAUGGCGUUUCUGAAAGAGGUGGCUUCAGCGGAAGGCCACGUGGUCGGGGAAGAGGUGGCCGUGGUAGGGGGUCGCGUGGUGGUAGAUGGGGAUAGUAACUCGAGACUGGCAUAGAGACUUCCUGUAUGUAAAAAUCAUUGUGUUUUUAUGCUUAAAGUUUUUUUUUUAAUUGUACACACUUGGCUUAGGUGACGCCGAGUCUUUACUAUCUGUGUGCAUGAUACGGCUGCAAACUGGAGCAAGCACAAAACACGUUUUACUGUUAUUUUCGCUAAUCAGUUGAGAGAUAAUUUUUAGAAAUAAACAUUUUAACGCAACA